GUUCUGAUGGCCAUGAAAUCUUGACGAAAAUGUCGUGCCGAAACUUCUAUAGUGUCAUUUUAAGAGCUUAAUCGUCGGUGUGCAAAAUGCUGUUCCUUCUCGCUGGAAUUGGUCUCUGCAUCCUGAUUUACCGCAUCGUCACAGUCUUCCUGUGGAUUUAUCUCGAUUGCAACAUCGAAUUAUUCCUGAAGGCGACAUUCGGCAAGGAAAUAUCCACUCUGGGCGGAAAGGUGAUCUGGAUCACAGGCGCUUCAUCGGGCAUCGGCAGAAGCUUGGCUCUUCUCUUGGCAUCGCACGGAGUGAAAUUGGCAAUCAGCGCCAGAAGAUUGGAUGAACUGCAGAAGCUGAAGGAUGAAUGCCUUCAUAUGUCCGCUGGGAAGCUGAGAGAGAAGGACAUUCUCGUGCUCAGGAUGGAUUUGCUGGAGAUUGCGAAGCACGAGGAAGCUUUUGAGAGGGUUUUAAAGCAUUUCAGUCGCCUGGAUGUUCUUGUGAAUAAUGCUGGUCGAGGCCAGAGAGCUUCUUGGUUGGAUAUUGACUUGAAUGUGGACAAGGCGCUUUUUGAGCUGAACGUCUUCAGUCCAGUUCACUUGACUCGAAUUGUAGUGAAGUACUUUCUGGAGAACAAGAUUGAGGGCCAAAUUGCUGUGAACUCCAGCUUUGCCGCUUUAGUUGCCGCGCCGAAUAUGAGCUCUUAUGUGGGCGCAAAAUCUGCAGUGAAUGGAUAUUUUCAGGCACUGAAGAUUGAGCAUCCAGAGAUCAAGAACACGCUGUUCUGCGUGGGACCGACUUUCACGACAAUCCAAGAAGAGGCCUUCACCGAUCGCGUGAGUGAAAAGUGCGGAAAACCCCUGAAAGUCACCGAUAAGAGAUUGUCCAGCGACAGAACUGCCUUCCUCUUCGCCGCUGCCAUUGCAAAUGCCACUGAUGUGAGCUGGGCAGGACUCUUUCCCUUCACGCUGUUGGUUUAUCUGCGAGAUUAUCCACAACUGCUCACCAUCGCGAUGAGAUUGAUGAACUGGACGGCGUGCAAACCGGAGUUGCAGGGAAAAUAAUAGAUUCUCCUUUAAGACAGAGGCACGAAAUCAAAUUUAAGACACCACAAGCGAGCAAAAAAGUCCAUUUUUCCGCGAUGUUGAAGGGAAAA